AGGUACUGUACGCACUGUCAUUAUUAAUGGCUGGAAGAACCCCACCAGAAGAUACAAGCCGGCCAUUACAGCCAUUAAGGGGACCAUUCUCAGAACCAAGGUCUCAGAGAUGGUCUGCCAGACAGUACCCUGCCAGUCUGGACACAGAUUUAAGUUUGGCUGCUGAGUUGCGCCGAUCUGAAGAGCAGACUGGGCAAAGAUCUCUGCCAAAUAACCUGGUAAUUUUUUUCCAAUCAUUUUGGUUGUUUGGGUAUUAAGCUUUAAGCAGGGCUGUGAUCAAGGGCCAGAGGCCAGGUAUUUCCCCUCUGCCACUACGCUACUACACUACUACUUUAAGAGGUACAAGUAAUAAAAGGAAAGUACAGAAAAUAAAGAACUUUCUUGCUUUUCAUAAACGACGAAUGAACGUAUAUGAGCCGUUGAACUUUAGAAUCACCGUUGGAACGAAGACUCAAACCCUCGGUAAAAUCAACGAAUAACGUUUAGUAAAUAAAUUACAGUGCGUCUGAGGGUUCCACAGGAUUUUUUCAGAUGACCAACUUUAUUUUUAUGCCUGGUGAAAAUUUUUUUUUCAUGAUUCACAGUGCACGUGUAAGUUGCAGCACAGUUUUCAUGUCCAUACAUUAUGUACAAAAAAUAAUCUUACAUGUAAGAUGCAACAUCACUUGGUCUGCAAUAUUAUAAAACAAACAAACUAAUCUUAUAAUAGUGUAAGAGGUCUGUUACCAACAAAAACAUUUUUUGAAACUUUGAUUGGUCUUUGCCAGUCUUCUAGCAAUCUUAAAAAUUAACCAUGUUAGUGUCACAUGUGUACAUCAAAGAUCUUGCCGUAACACAGACCUACAACUUAGGCACAUGUACAUGUAAGAUACAUUGUAGUAUUAUUAAAAAGUAAUAAUCUUACAUGUGUCCAUAUUUUUUGCUGAAUUGGUAGGGCUGGUCAUCCAGAACAACUGCUGAGUCACCAUCUAGCAAGGCAGAUGCAGCCAAAAAGAAAGGCAAACACUUUGAACAAGUGAAACUGCCACCAAAGCAAAGCCUUAGCUCACCUACUUCAGGUGGUGCUGCUCCGUUUACUAGGAAACGGCAUCAUACACCCGCUACUAUUCCAAGAAGACGUCUGCCACCGGGUACUCCUAUUGCUGAGAGAAUGGCAAUGGAAAGUUUGAGGCAACAGCUGUCUUACGAUGACAGCGAGGUCAGUACACCAAUGUCCUCUAUGCGGUGAGCUUGUAAUAACCUUACUUGGCAGUUGUGGGUUGUGAAUGUUAUACAUGUCACCAUGCACUCGUUAUGUACAAUAACACUUUAAAUUACUGUUAAAGAAGUAAUUAAGUAAACUGUAUUGGUUGUACAUGUAAAUGGUUAGUAUUUUAAGGCUCUUUACUGCUUUGCCCAUUGAAUGGCUAACUGAAAUGUGUAAAUUGUUGAGAAAUGAUUUAGUCCAAAAAUAGAAAGAUUAAAAAUGUUAAUGAAAGGAAGAAAAACAAAAUUGAAUGUCCUGCAUGUACAUGUACAUGGACGUUAAACAGUGGAGCAAGAUUGUUAAAUUGUGGAGUAAGAUCAUUAAAUGGCUAAACUGGAAGCAUUAAUGGGUGAAUAGAAAAAGCACUUUCAUGUGUGCAAGCAGGGGAUGAGGUUUGUCUUAUGCACACAACCCGCCUAUUUGUGUUGCUGGGGGAAGUGUAUGUCAUUAGAGAGUUUAAGCUUCACGUAUACGGCAAAAGGCAAAUGUUAGAUUGAAGUCAAGAGAAUGUCUCAAAAUUGGAAAUGAUCAGAUAAGAACAGCUCCAAACAAUUCUUAUGGAUAAAAAAAUUAAUUGCGUGAAACUACUAAUUUAUGUGUAGAAAUUAUGAACUGUAAACAAGAAGUGAAAGGGAAACUUGGUCACGUGGUACAAAUUUGGGUUUAACGUAAAUGUGAUGCUUAACCUCUCUAUUGCAUGACUGAGGGUGGAGGCUUAAUGAGAACUUGCUGAUUCUCAAAAAGCUAGAUUAAAAGAAAAGAGUUAUUCAAUGUUGCAGUGCUUUAGUUCAGUGGAGGGGCUAUUCAGGUACGUGUAUCACCCUCAGGGCUGAAACAAGUUUGUUAGGUGUCCUGGGAAUAGAGGUUGGGUAGGGGGCUGUUGAUCAUUAACCAACAAAGACAACAUAACAAAAAAUUAUUAUCAUUAACUUAUCUCUGUAACAUAAUAUGUUGAAUUCACACAAGUGUAGUACAUCAAUGAAAGUGAGAUAGUUCAGUUAUUUGAGGUGUCCCAAAGGUGAGGUUCCACUGUACAAUAUGAUAUAAAUGUAAUGUAAACAGGGUAGGAAAAAAGAUUGAAAUCCACUUUCCCAGUGGGCCAGUAAAUUUCAUUUUUUACUUAAAUAUUGCAUGCUCAAAGGGAAAGGAAAUGGUUGUAGGGUACUGUCUAUAAUAAGUUAUAGAUUAUAACAAAGUUCAUGAGAUUACUAAACUUAAGUACUUACAUGUAUAAUAAAUAGGCCAGAUACAGAGUAACUUCUGGAUUUGAGCAAUAAAGUUAUUGUGAUCAGAGGAGUAACAUGAGCAAACAAAUAUGCACUUGGAUUUUAACUUGAUUCAUGAAUGCUUCCCACUAAUUGUGUCACUUAUCUUGCAUUCUUCAGUUUUGAAAUAGUUUCUGUCUGGAAAUUAUUAACUACCAAGCUGACACUUCCAGACUGACUCAUGUGACCACUGAGGCUAAUUUCACUUGUCCACUGGGCCACAAAACUGUAAUUUAUACUUGCCUAUGAUCAAAAUUUACUUACCCCGGGCAAUUGGACCUGAGUUUUUUCCUGCCCUUUGCAACCCAAGUUAGAAAUAUGUAAUGUACAUAAUAAAAAAUUGUAAUAGAACACAGUUGUAUUUCUAAAUGGCAUGCAGAUGCAUUGCAGUUGUAAACCAGUAGCGACAUGUAUGUACGAAGCAUUUUCCACACAGGUCAUUAAAAAGUAUUCAAGAUUACAGUCUGCUACAGCUCUCAGAAUGAAAAUUUUGUCGUUCUUACAUAACUUUAAAUUAUUUUUUUAAUUCUCUGUAACUGUAGCCUGUUCAGCAAAGUCCCAAAUCCAGGACAACCAGACCUCAGAAUCCACCCUCUAGUACUGCAAAUAAUGAGAGACCCCUAGCCACACAGUCAAGAGCGCCUGCAUCUGCUAGUCUACCUGUAUUGGAAAUGAAUGAGACUGAAACAGCAAGGCCUUCCACAGAGGUUGCUGUCAGCUCUGUCUCCAAGGUGAACUUUCUUUCACUUUGUAUCUCCCUGGUUGCACUGUGCAUCAUGCAAUAAUUUCACGUGCAAUAUUUGCAAUCUGGUAUAAUUUUUAAAAUAUAUACAUGUAUGUAGGCCUAUAAUAUGUGCAUUUUGUUACAUGAAAAAUUAAUGGUUAUUGACCAUGCUACAAGCAUCCUCCUUGAGUAUCUCUCUAUGUACACUUCUCUGUGGUUCUUCUGCAUGAGGAUAAACAUAAUUCUUUCAAACCCUUUGCAGUUUCAACAGUCUUGAAAAAGAUUAAACAUCAAACUAGUCUUAAUGCCCUUUGUCCUUGAAAACCAUGAAUCACAUUUGUGGUAAUACUACAAGAAUUACAUGUACAUUCACACCUUUAUAUUAUUAUUAAUUUUAUAGGCAAAUACGCAGUUACAUGUAACAUUUUUGUUAUUAAUUUUUUCUUGAAGGUCAACACAUCCUUAAUAAUAUCAAGGUUAAAUCAAGUCAGGGUAAGUGUACACUGCUAAAUACCUUUUGCAAGUAGAAUUUUCUCUUGAUGCCAAUGUAAGUUGUCAAAAAUUUAGUCAAUGCUGAAUCUUUUGCUUUCUCUCUUGUAAGACUCAACUCUGGAUGUAAUUCUUGCCAAAUGCUUCAUGAUUCUUAAUCCUUGAUUCUUGACUCUUGAUUGAAAAUGUACUUUUGAGUUUUUCUGUGCUUUAGUUUGAACUUUAGCCCGUAUUUUUCUCAAAAUUCAAACUUUUUUUAUGCAUUGUGUGGUUUCUGGUAUUCAGUCACUGACAAAGAUUAUUUCAUCAUUACAAUGACGAAAGUGAAUUUUGAUAGUAUGUAACUCAUGUAAGAUUUCAUAUAACGUCCUAAGCCAUUCCCAUGUCAUAAUUUGGCCGCUGAGUCAAUUUGUGGGCAGGUAUGCGUUGCAUGACAUUCGCAGGCAAAAGAGAGUGUAGCACUCGCUUGUGGGGUAGCCAUAAACUUUUCCAUUUUAGUACCCUGGUGUGGAAGUUAGUCAAGGGGUUAAUCUUUUGUUUUCUCUCUUUCAAAGCCCAAUUCUCAUCGGUGACUGUUUCUCAAUUCUUGAAAAUCUAUUCUCGCAGAAAUUUAGAAUCAAGAAUUAAUUGGGAUUUGACACUUCUAACAGACUGUCAACUUACUUUGGACAAUACUGAAUCCUAUAGAAGUACUGUAACUAUAUUUGUGGGGAACAUUGUGGGGAAUAUGCUUCCUGAUGUUGGGUUGGGAAGGUCCUAGAUUUUUUUUAUUAUUUGAUGUACAUGUGGUCUGUUUCUCUGUUUUAAAAUAAUCUCAUAUUAUAAAUGAUUAAAACCUGUAUAAAGACUGAAAUAAUAUUAUUAUGUGUGGCUAUGAUUUACAUGUAGUAUGCUUUGCAAGAAAACUGAAAUGUUUUAAGUUUUGUUUUAUUUUUAAAUGGAAGGAAACAAAUUAAAAAAAAUAAUGUCCUUACCCCUUUUUUUGGUUUAAGGACUUUCUUAGGCAAGCAACAGCUAUGUUUGUCACUUUGCAAAGUAAAAGUGUUGGUGAUCAACAGGUAAACUACUAGCUAUUAAGAUAUUUUGUCCUUUAGUGUGUAAUAAUCAUUGUCAUUGUUAAUUAUAAUUAUUUUAUGUAUUUGUAUUGUUGUGUAUUUAUUUUUACUAAGUGAUUUCUGCCAAUGAAAAAAGUAAUGUUACAUACGUAAAUACUGUUCAUUGUAUGUUGGCUCCUGGUAAGUAAUCUUCACUUUGUAAAGAAUACCUUAUCUGUGAUAACUUGCAAUCAGCUGCAACCAGGCAACUACAUAAGCCUUUCUCCCAAUGUACAUGAUGUAGAAAUCAUUUUGCAGACUCAUCUUUGAAACAAGGCUUUGGUGACAUCAUUCAAGAAAAAAGCAUUCACCAAAAUGCUUUGGUGAACUUUCUUUGUAAACUGUUGGUAUUUGAAGAAUAUAGUAAUUUUCCUGACUAUGAACCAUAUUUGUUUAAAGUCUGUACAGACUAGUGAACUGAGUGAGCAGACAACUAAGAUUGCUAAGCUUAUCAGACAGUUGAAACAGCAAGAGAGAGCUUAUGUUGAACUGCUUGAGCGAUCACUGGUGAGUAGACCUCUUUUGUUUACACACAUAGUGCAAGGUUAUAUGUAUCAAUUACAGUAUAUUAUAUAUGUUUUAAUUGAAGGUAUGACUCUUAAUCACAGGGCUAUCAAUAAGGCCAGUAGCUGACCAAAACCGUCAGCUAGUUACCCAUCCUUAGCCGGCUACUUUCAUCCCUUCUACCAUAAUUGCUAACAAAAAAUAAGCACCAUCAAAUAAAACUGUAAAGCAUAAUAUGUUUCCCAGUUUUGAAAGACAUUGAACGGAUAUUUAAACAGCUUAUUAUCUGUAAAACAUUUGAACCAUGUGAUGUCUUGGAACACCUGGGAGAUUUCGACUGCAUAAUGCCCCCAGUCUUGCGUGUAUUCUGACGGAACAGCAAGGCGUCCAUGGUGGAAAAUACCUAUUGAAAAUCCCUGGAAACACGAUUUCCCAAGACUCUAAAUUUCAAAAUGUUCUUAGAUGCCUCCACCCUUAAGAACUUGUGCCUUUGGUGUGAGUUUCAAGGCCACCUACUCUGCAUUAUCAGCUUCAAGUUGCUACUUAAAACUUUUUGAUAGCCCUGAAUCAUGAUAAUUUAUUAUUCUAGAUGUCCUUAUAAUUAUCGAGAUGAAAAGCUUGAUUUAGUUAUAAUUAUAAAGGAUGGCUUAAGGGAAGAAAUGCAAAGAAAUGUUCAUAUGUUAAGUUUUUUUUAGGCAGUGGAACAUGAUUCUACAUUGGAAAACACACCAUCUGUGAGUCAGCAGUCUUUAACAGAAGAGGAAAAGGUAAACACAUUAAAACUAUAGGUGAUUGAAGACAGAUAUAAACCAUUGUAGCCAUCCAUUAAUACAGAACUGUAAUUAUCGUAAACCAUGACUUCCUUUGUCUUGACUUUUACUUAAUUUUUUUUAUUCUAUGUUAUACUCUAAACUGCAAAGUAUACAGCUGUAUAACCUGAGAGCUGUGGUAUUUAUACAUAUACAUGUACAUGUAAAUGUGACAUGUGAUGUGACAUUACAAUUUUGUAGAUUUAUUAAAUUUACUUUUUCUUUUGCUUUUCAUCAGCAUGCAUACAUGUAAGAAAUGCCAUACAUUGCAUAGCUACUAAUUCUAUACUUGUCCAUGGGGUACUUGACAAUUUUCCUUUUGUGUGAACUUAUUUUUAAGCAGAGUGAAUCAGCAUCCAUACGAGAUGAAGAGCUUCAAGGACUUAGACAACAACAUGCACUGCUAAAGAAAAUGCUUGAACAACAACAGCAGGUACAUUGUUGUAUUACUGACCACUGACAUACCAUUUGUUGUUUCCAAUAAAGAUGUCAUUAAUAGACCCUUCCUUAGGUUCCUCAAAUUUUGACAUGGACCAGUAACAAAAAACCCAGUCAACACUACUGGAAAGAAGGUCUUAAAAUUAAUAAGCUUACCAAGUUUGAAAGUGAUAUGUCUUAAACAAGCAAAGAUAUAGCUGUGAAAAGUCUCUCAAAUUGACAGACGAUUGUUUGUUGGGGGGGGGGGGGGGGGGGGGGGUUUUGUUCCCGCGUUUAUGGGGGGUCUGGAUGGUUUUUGGUUUGGGGGGCUUUAUCUUUUUGUUUUUUUUGAUAAAAUUUUUUUAAGAUUUUUUUUAAGUAUUUUUUUUGAGAGAUUUAAGAAAAAAAAGUUAAAACAUUUAUUUGUAAUCAAGCAAAGAUAUAGCUGUGAAAAGUCUCUCAAAUUGACAGACGAUUAUAUGUUGGUGGGGGGGGGGGGGCGUGAGUUUGUGCCGCCAUUGACAAGCUUCUGUAAGAUUUGAUGACUUUGAGGGGCUAUAUCUUUGUUAGUUUUGAACAAAUCAAUUUCAAACUUGGCAAUUGUACUAAUUUACAAGCACUCUUUCCAGUGGAGUCUAUGUCAACUAGUCUAUGUCAAAAGUUGAAAAAAAAAAAUUUGAAAAGUCUUUUGAACCAGGUUAUGUUUAGUUGGUAGGGCUUUAUUCUGGUCUAUUAUGUUCAUGUUGUGUGUCAUAUUUUUAUGGUUUGCUGCAUUGAAACAGGGUUAACUUGUUGAUAAGUAAUAAUGAAAAUGGAGGGUACUUAGGUGCCAAUUGAGCAAUUUGAGCAAUCAGCAAAUGAAUGUGGGCAAAAUGCCAAUAAAGGGGGGUUACCAUGAUGACCUCCUACAGGUCACCUCCCCUUGGUACCUGUCACACUGAUGUCUCAGUAGAGAAUAAAGAACACAAAAGAACUUACCCUAGACCUGAACAUAGGAGUUUUGAAGAACCAAGAGGCAGGUGGGAGGGAAUGAACAAAAUGCAAAAAGCAGCAAGGCAACUGCAAGCAAGCCACGAGGGAAAAACUACGUGGCAAUGGCUUGAAUGCACAUGCGCAAAGCGAUCACCUGCUGACAACAGGAAAUCUCCCAGUUAACUAUGAUUGUUGUUGAUGUCAUCUGUCUUUAAAACAUUUCAAAAGUUGCUGGGUGAAAACAAUUUUAGUAGGGGGCAUCAAACAGCUUGGAAUUUCUCUUAGUUGUAUUUUUUUUUUCUUUUUUGCUGUCAUGAAUGUACACGCCGGUCAUGUUGAUAGUACAGUUUGUAGCUAAGGAAAAUGCCUGAUCCCCAUCUCUUAAUGACAGCCCUGUCAAAUAAGGAGUUGAAUUUUGUUUAUCUCUUUCAUUUGUGUUUUUUGCCCGUUCAACCUACUAUCACCUGCAUUGUUAGUGUUCAGUUAUUUCCAUGAAUGAAGAUUGAAUUGUCACUAGAAUUUCUUAUGUGAAGAUUUAUUUAUUAGUAUGUGUACUGUGGAAUCCCUAAUUUUGAAAGCACCUGGGGAAAUUGACCCAAUUUAUUGGCAGGGAGGUUUGAGAAAUCAGGGGUAAAAUUACAAGGUUAGGUUUGUUUUAAAUCAUUGGGAAUUUCUAUGAACUGAGCGUUCAAGAACUCGAGAUUCUAUUGUAUCUGAUCAAAGAACCAUUAUCUUGUAUGUCUGUUUUGAUAGCUAAAGGAGCUUCAGAACCGUCAGGCCACCCUUUUGACCCUGCAGCGUGAUGCAGAAAUGCGUUUGGCAGAAGCUGAAGAAGAGGUAAGUCAUUAAAAAUUUUGGUGUGGUGCAGGUUUUAGUGUUAAUAACAGCUUAAUAAUUUCAUCAUACACUAUUGCGAGAGCAGUGCUACGAUAAUUUGCAUUCAUUCUUUGUAGUAAAUAGAAAUUAUUACCAGAUACAUUAUUUAAAAUAUUUCGAAACAGUCUUAAGGUACAGAAAAACGGGCAACAAAAAAUGCGCAACUUGUCUCGCAUCAUUGCUUCAAAACGAGUUGAAUAGCGAUGUUGCGCAUUUCACCACCCACAUCAAACCUGUCUUACAAUAAAUCAGGUUGUCAACAGGUUUGAACAUGGGUGGUAAAAUGCGCAACAUUGCUGUUCAACUCAUUUUGCAGCAAUGACUGAUUGUUGCAAGACAAGUUGCACGUUUUUUGUUGUCCGUUUUUCCAUACCUUUAGCAACAUUAUGUGAGAAGAUUGACAUGCAAGUUGGGUAUCUUACUUGACUUUGUUUUUGUACUAUAAUCAAAGUUGAAACCAAGUGCAAGGUUUAAAAGGAAAGAUAAAAAUUACUAGACCAGUUUGAACACACCAUACCAAUGCACAUUUUGUAUCACUUAUUUACGUACAUGAAAAUUUGCACUCCCAGCAUAGUCAAAGGGAUUAGAGGUAGGUAUAAAGCACUGGGAUACAACAUACAGAUUGUUUUCUUCCAAGGGUCGGCAAAUCUCUGAUGAAGUUGGAGCAGUAGGGGGUGACGAUGCUGGAAUAGGUAACAGCAGAAGAGUGGCUGUGCCUUCUCAAGCUUCUCAGCAAGAGGCAUCUGCAUCUCAAAGAACACUGGAGGUAUUUUAUACUGACUAAUGUGGCAUUAAGUUAUAAGUUAAGGCAUUAAGUAUAUAAGUUAUCAGCAUACACGAUCCAACUUGGAGUAACAUUGCCAAAAAAAAUUUCUAGCAUGCUUAACAUAAAAUAAAUAGUUAUAGUAGUAACUUUUAUUUCUGUCAAAAGUUAUUCAUGAUUUUCUACUUGUAGUACACAAAUUAUGUACACUGUACAGUAAAAUCUGGUACCAUAGGUAGACACUUUUGACUUUCAGGGCACGAAAACGUGUCUGCCCAUGAAAGAGCAGUUUUUGAGUGCAAAGUCCAGGUGUUCCUGGAUUAUCAAGACAUAGUGUAUUUGACAUGUCUCAUAAAGUUUUGUUGCCCAAAUUAAUCAAGUAAAAUUUGCCUGCACUUUGGGCAUAGUAUGGUGAACUUACUUUGUUAUGGUUAUUGGCCAGAUUUGACAUCUUAAAGGGUUGAUUUUCAAAUAAAAAAGUGUUUGUUUUCACUCUUCCUUAUUAGCAGGGGGAGAAGUAUAGAAUCUCCCUUAAAUUGGUGUUGUUUAUUAGAAUUUGGUGAUGUUUAUUGCAACUGUGACAGGGUGGUAGGACACAAUGUUAACUGAUGUUGAUUCUCUUGUCUGACUUUUGUAGAGACCAAGUGUAAGUGGCUUAGAUGACAGUAGGUUUACAUCUGAAGAGCUGGAGCUUAUGAAUCUUCUUCGAAAGCAUAAAGAGAGGGUAAAGCUUUCCCCUGACAUUUUAGCACACAUUUAGUAUCCUGUAUAGCCUUUGAACUGCAAUUUAUUGUCAGAUUGUACAUGUAAUAGAUACAGUAAAUAACUUGUCUUGCUUUAUUGUGUUAAUUAACAAUUGCAAGUUAACUGCAUUACAAAGACAUGUACAAAGUAUAAUAUUAUGUACAAGUACGAUAAAACUAAUGCUAAAAGGAUGUGAAUCACCUUAUCAAAGACAUCCCUUUUUUUAGUUACGAGGGGCAGUACUAGUGCAGCAUAAAAUCCAUGUAAACUUCCAAAACUGAAUGCCAUUUUUGCGACUGCUUGAAGUAAUUUUUUUCCCCAAAUGAGGUAUAGCUUUUUGAAAGGAUUAAAGCAUUUUUGCUUGGGCAGAUUACUGAUUUGGGAAACAAUCUUUGCAGGUUAUUAUUUUUGUUUCAUAAUGACUGAAAUUCAGACCUGGAUGUUUGCCUUUACCUCUCCUACAUUGUUUGUUUUCUUAGUGGAGAGCUGCUGAUUCUGCGGACGAAAAGGAAAGAGAUGAAAGAGAGAACCAAAGGACAAAGAGGACAAACCAUGGUGCAGCAGUUCAAGUAAUGAUAGCAAACUUAGGGGAGAAAAUCCUGACUUCCUGGUUGUCAUGAAUGGAAAACAAUUCAGUUGCCUGUAACUGCCAUGAUCGUAGAUCCACGUCCCCACUAACACUUGUCACAUCAUCAGUUGUGGACAACUUUUUGCCUAACAAGGUGUUUCAAACCAUACCCAAAUCAGAAUAACAGGCCACAGAAAAUGCAAAAAUUUAAGUAAACUUGACUAUAAAACUCCGAUGAAAAUGUUUCUCUGGUAGCCACCUGUACUUCCUUCAAACAUACGUGGCUUAAUUAAUGCAUUGAUUGCUUUUCAAUCAACACCGCCACACUAUGCCAGUCAGAAGCUGUGUUUACGGGUAAUUGGUUUUUGCAGAAUUGUAGGGUUUCCUGUUCCCCUCCCCCCUCCCUUGUAAUUAUUUUUUUUCUUUUGGUCACUCAAACGUUCUUACAGUAACUUGAGUAAAAAUGUUCGCUACACAGACUAAACAUGCAUAGGCUCUGUAUGUUAGUUUAACCGGGACUAAAAUUAAAGAAAAUGCAUACCUUCUUUUGUCUCUUAGGCCAUCCAUCCUGAAGUAAGCGCAGAGGCUGCAGAUAACGAGGUUUGAUACCCCAGCUUUUUUGAUAUUCAAGUGUUAUUUUUUAUGUAAUUAAAUGUGAUGUUUUGUGAUAACAUUAAUUUUUAGACUUAAAAAAAGGGAGAUUAAAACAACUGAGACUCUGCUUAAUGUAUCAACACCCACAUAUAUAAAGUAAAAACACUGUAAAUGUUUGUCCUGCACAAGAACUGUAGUUGGUUGUCAGCUUGAAGUUGUAAGCUUGUGUCCUUUUUCAAAUGAAAUCUUGAUUGUCCUUUUAGGAGGCAGCCUUGGCUCUUGCUAAUGCCACACAAGAGAGACUAGAGCUUGAGAAUAAAUUAAUGGUUUUAGAAGCAAAAAAAGAGCAGAUGGACACCUUGUUAAGAGAGUUGCAGUCACUUAAAGAGGCACAACUAAGAAAAGGUACUUUCGUAUUUUCAAUUUACCUUGAGGUUUCUUUGCUUCUGGCAAAUGUAUAUUAUAGCAGUAGCUUAUAGCAGUCAAGGUACAGAAGCAACAAACCAGCCCAAUUAGGAACAUUUUAACUUGGUUAUUUUUCCAUCUUAUGCAGAAACAAAUUAUCAUCUGUAUCUGCAUUAACUUAGCCUUAGGGUAGCAUCGAUAUUUUGUAAAGUGGAGCUACUGUGUACGUUUCUUAUUGAUAUUAUUUGAAAUUGCAAUGUUUGAAUUAACUAUAGUUCUUUGUUUAUCUCACUUAAGAAUCUCUGGAAGCUGCAGGUGGAACUAGUUCAAGUGUAAAUGUGUCUAAACAAGAAGAAGAUGAGCCACUGGCCACAACUUCACAAAAACUGGAUGACGAGCGUAUUCUGGAGGCUUUAGAAGUUCACGAAAAACUUCAGUAAGAAUGAGAUUUGCUGUUCAUAAAUAUUGAUGCUAAAAAUGUAAUGCUUGCCAUUAGGGACUUUGGUAAAUUAAUGUAACUUGCAAGUAGUCAAAUAAAUUAUUCCUUGUUUGAAACUGUCAGGAUGUUUAUGUUUCAUUGUCUACAGCAGGUUGUAGUUUCACUGUGCCAAUGAUAUGUUCUCAAAGAUCCAUUCUGUAAAAAACAUUAGGUGUUCGUGAGGAGAUAAAAAAUUAUGUACAUACCUUCCAAACAGUAACAACAUUCAUAUGUCAGUAUCUGUACAAUGUUCCAAUCAUGGUUGAAUAACAUGUAUGUUUCUUGCCGUCUUAAUUUAAACAGAAAGCUACAAGAUGUAAGGGAUAGGUUAAAGCAGUUACGAGACUUGAUAGGCCACUACCAGGUAAUUAAAAAGAUGUUUUUAUUGGGCUUUUCCUUUGUUUUUGUGUGCCUGUUUGUUUAAUUUUUUGUACUUUUUAACUCUUUAGAGUUUAUGUUAUUCCAUGAACAUUGACAUUUCCCUGGAUGUGUGUUAAUUGAAUUAAACAUUGUGGAUUGUACCUACCAUUAUAGACUGUUGUUUAGUGUCAAACCAACAGAUGUAGAAUGAUGCAAUAUAACCCACCUGCAGUGUAUUUGUUUAGAUCGCACCCAAUAGCUCUUUGCAUCACAUUUUGUGAAUAACAAACUACCUAACAGUUGUUGGAAUUACACUUUUCUGUCAAGAAUGUUGCACAAGUUUGGUGUUAGUGGUUAAAAGUAGCGAUACCUGUAACUAUGGUGUUGACAAUAACUUUGUCAAUCUCAGAUAAGACAAAACCUACCCUGAAAGUGUUGCCAAAUGGCGAUGAUUGCUUGAAAUGAAAAAGCAAUGAAUGAUUUACCUGGCUCUCCAACCCACUCACACUUUGUUUUUGGAAAACUUAUCCGAUGUAAAAGACUGUUAUGGAACAGAAGCAAAAAGGCAAAAUACAAGAAGUAGAGGGCCAGAGAACUGGAAGAAAUGAAAGUUAUUAAUGUAGUUUUACUGAAACUUGGUCCAACUGUAGGUUACAAGAAUCCAUUUUGAUUUUGUUAGCGUAUAAUCAAAUUCAUAUUACUUGUGAACUGUAAGUUUUGUCCUUCAUUGUCACAGUGUGUGACAUCAGACUAUUGGAUAACCUACAUUUAUGGAUUGGGUAAUGCCAUUUUAGACACCCAAUGUUCCUGUUUGUCAUCAGAAAUGUUCUCAACUAGGAAAUGUUUUUUUUUGCAUAAUUAUAUUAUAUACAUUUUUAUUUAAUUUAUGUAGCCUUCACAAGGUGAGCUAAGCCAGAUACCAGAGGGUGCCCCACAAACUCGCCCUACUAUGGAACAGCUGAGCAUUCCAGUUCAGAGCACUGAGGAGCCAGAAGAACUUGAAGGUGCAGUCGGUGGAGCUAGUGUACCUGUUGAACAGGACACAAGCAGCACUGACUGGUUAUUAAGUUCUGAUCUUGUCGAUCCAGAUCUUUUGGGGAAAAUAAGGUGCAACUCUUUAAGAAAUGUUCUUGUUCUCAAUGGUAAUUGUUCUAAAAAAUUUUAAAUCGGGAGAUAGAAAGUUGAAAAAAUUACAAGAAGACUAAGCCAUAAUGUGAACCACUCUAGAUGAAAUGGAUGGACUCUUCAACCCCUUUCACAAUUUUUCUUCUCUUUUUUAUCUUCCUUUCUUUUCCCCCUUAUCUGGUGUUCUGGAACUGUCAACGAGAAGGAUCAUAGUGUGAUAAAAAAAAUGACUUUAAAGGUGGUCACGGGCUAAAAUUGGGAAUUAAGCUGACCUCUCCUCCUCUGCAUGCUAGAUGUUAGGGUUGAGUAUUACGCUAGUUAUGAUUUGACUUCUGUAAAGUUUUUUUUAUGUUCGUGAAAUGGCUACCAACAGGAAAAGAACCAACUGAAAAUAUUGUUGUCAAGGAACAACAUAUUUUAAAUGCCCUAAGAACCCUAACUUUAUAUACAUGUAGACACGAACACCCAAAAAAUGUGCUGUAAAAUGUGACUGAAAAAAGAUACCUCACAAUAUCCAAGUAUGUGAUACUUUGUUCUUUUCAAUAUUCUCAGACAACUUCAAGAAGCAAGAGCAAGGGUUGCUCACCUAUUCAAACAGACAAAUGAAAACCUUCAGGUUGGUGACAAUGGUGUGAUCAGAAAUAAAUAAUUAUAAGCUUAAACAACUAUAUUUAAACUACAGAGAGUUACGCUAUAAUGAACCCCAAUGAGUUGAAACAUUAGUUUGCUACAUUUUUCUACAAAGCAGGGUGCAAAGAAAAACAUUUUUACAGCUUGCCCAUUUGGGCAAGCUGAAGCUAACAUUUACUAGCCCAAAUAUCAUUUCAACUAGCCCAAAAAACGCUUUGAUGAGCAGAUUGAUUUCACAGGUCUUCUGUAAUUUGAAUUCCUCAAAAAAAUUCACUUGCCCAUCGGGCAAGUUAAUAACAGAAUUCACUAACCCGAUAGCAAAUCCACUAGCCCAAUAAUUAUUGGCCUUUACUCAAGCGAUUAUAGUAAGUGACAAAUACCAUAGUAGUAUAUGCUACAGAUAUUGCAGUAUCACACACGUUUUAUACAUUUAAAUUUACCAUAUUGCACGCAAUUUACACGAGAAAAUUGGGUGUCUUUGCAGUUGGUCCCAUCAAGAGUAAACAAUGAAGAUGUUCAAACACAGACUACUGAAGAGGAAUCUGAGCCAGAGUCACAGACAGAUACUGACGUAGAGAGUGCUGCUAGUUCAAGUGUCAAUGCUUUAGCUUGGCAGGAUGAUCCUGAAUUUCAAGCCAAAGUCAAGUGAGUAAUUCUUUAAAUGCAUUCUUUGAAUAAUGCGAAUGGUUUAGGGAUAUUUUUUCACUAUUUUAGGACAGGGAAACCACCUUGUUUUGUCGCAUGUAUCCAUUUCUGUCUUUGUAAUCGUUCUCUUCUGUUCUUCUGUAAUUUAGGAAACUGAACUCUGCAAAGCAGAAACUAAAACAACUCCAGGAACUUGUGAAAAAGAUACAACAGGUAUUUGCUUUUUAAGGAGAGAAUACAUUUGAUGACGUUAGGGUUAUGUCAGUACUUAACAAUAGAGACACAACGAAAGUACAAUUUUAGUCCACCUGGUUUGGAAUACUAGGUCCAAUUGUAAAUUGUUGUCCUGAGUCUUCCGAUAUUACAGUCUUGAAUGCUAGUCUGUGACCAACUGUUGCCAACUUGUUUUUGGGAAACUAUCAAGGAACUUAGUGUUUUUUGAUGCUGCCAUAGCAAUUUUUGUAAAUCUCACUUUAACAUUGCUUUCUUGGCUAAGAAACUAGAAGUCCCACCGUAAGACCAUCCCCAAUGUAUGCCAGUUGGUCUGUCGAGUGAACCAGUGACUUUCCUGACUGCAAGCAGAAGGCUGUAUAGUCAAUGUGUAUCCUAAAAUAACCUUCCAACUUUACGAUUAUAAUUUAAAACCAAUUCAUACAGCGGUACCACCUGCAGUGCCAGCCUCCAUGUUGAUGUUAUCAGUAUUUGACUGUUUACUGCAAUAAAGGAAUCAAAACUGUGAAAAGCAUAAAACUUUAAAAUAAAUAUACUGGUGGUAUUUCGGAUGAUGUCUGUAGUUCAAUGUGUCAAUGUUAUACUUUGACCAAUUUCGAAAUGACUCAAUCUAACAUGCCACAUGGUUAAUUUCUAGAUUGAAUACUGUUUGGUGGUACACAAUCAUGUUACAUCAAUAUGUUUUCUCUUUAGUUUCCAGACUCAUCACCUGCUUUACCAGCAGAGCUAGCAGAAUUAAGUUUUGAUGAUGAAGACUUUGAUGAUGAAGAUGAUGAUGAUGAUGACGAUGAUGAUGAUGAUGAGGAUGAUGAUGACAGAGAGGGAGAAGAUGAGGAGGAAAGAGGUGAAAGCAACAGAUCUGAGCCUUCUGAUGACAAUGAAGGCGUCGACAUUCAAAAUGAAGAGGAGGAGGUUACUUCAGCUACUGAAGAUGAGGAGGCUGGUGGAGAUUCCACUUCAUUGAUCAGAAACGGGAUGCUUCAGCUUGAUGGUUGGUGUUUAGAUGAAAUAAAGGCUGCCAAAAUGUUUUAAGACCUGCUAAAGUGGCAGUUUUUAUCAUAAAUACUGAUAAAUUUUAUUCUUUUCUUCAGCAGGAAGCGACCAAGAAGCAGUUUAUCAGAGGUACUUGCGCAAACAAACUGAAGAGCUGGAGCAGCUGCAACAAGAAAGGCAGAGGUUACUGGAGAUGCAGGAGGAGCUUACAAGAAUGAGCCAACCCUCCAAACCCCACAUUACAGUGGCAACCCAGGUAAAGAUGGUGGAAUUGUAUUAUAGUUACUAAAUCAGUUCAUGAAAGAUAAUGGUGAUUAGUUCAUUUAGAUUGAGAAAAGGUCAAGUUCAACUUCUUCGUGUAAGGGAAGUCGUGUCUGAUGGCCUGUGACUAGUGGACUUUUUGUUGUGAUUAGAGAAUUCUGUUCUUAACUUUCCUGAUGGGUAAGAAAAGCCCUUGGAGGGAACUCUAGUCACAGAAGUACUGAAAGACAAAUGUUUACAUUCCAAAUCAAGUCAUGUGGAUUGAAAGCUGCUUUUCAUACUGGUCUAAGUGAAAUUUUUACAGUUAUUAUUAAAAUUAAUGAAGCAAGUGAUUACCAAUUAUACUAUUUCACAGUUAAGGGCCUAGUACCAUAGCCUUCAAGUGAAUGCAAGGCUGAGGUUGACCUUGUUUUGAUACAAACCUCCUUUGUUUUCUUAUGGAAGUUACUAGUUAGCAUAAAAACAACAAGAAAGUGUAUACUUUCUUCUUUCCCAACAUACUUUUCUUUCAGUUGAGGUCGGACAAAGGUAUGUGUUGACAUUUCACCGGAUAAUUAAUCAUUUACCACUAAUUAAUAAAUAGAUCUGAACCCUGCUCAACUUCUCCCAUAAGUUCUUAAAAGUGGGUGAAGUGAGCUUCAAUGCAUGAGGUCACACAGUGACCGAGCGAGCGAAAAAGUCUCGAGGUUGACUUGUUUCACCUUAAUGGAUUUGAAUCAUAUAAAUUCAUGUGGGAAAAAAGUGGUUGACAUUAUGCUGUGUCAGGAGUGGCGUGAAAUAUCACUCACUGUCUUACUGGUCAAUUGUCAUGAUGUCACCGGUAGAGUUUUUGACUGGUGAAUUUCAGACCAAACAGGUAUGAAAAGUCCUUUAAAAUGGCAUAACCAACUAGGAAAAAUAGUAAAGGACUUUUGGAAAGUCUAUAAUUUAUCCUGCUCAUCAAAAUUAAUUCAGGGCCAGUACAUGCUAGCUACAUCUUGUCUGAAGCGCUUGCUCUUGAACUUAUUUUCUUUGCACACUGAACUUAAAUGAUAAAUUUCAUUGAAGCCAAUGUCCAAGCUUAAAGUUUUUAACCAGAGAAACGUUUAAUAUUGCUUUAGAUCUAUUCUCCAGUCACAUGAAUAGCUUCGUAGUUCGUUAAAUUGUACAAAUUAAUGAAGAUUUUUCUCGCUCAAAAUAUUAGUGCAUGUCAUAUACUUUGGAGACAAAAAGUUCGGUUUGAUGGUGUUGUUGUUGACGUCCUUUAAUUCGUUUUGUUACAUUUUAGACCACACGAGCACAGGCUCAAAAGCCAGAGACGGGUGGAUCUGUAUUCAGGCAUGAUACUUUCACUAUCAGUCGAGCAGAUGGCUCCAAGAGACCAAUUAUUCAUCGGCCCGUCAAUAGAGAAAUGUCAACUCAGACACCAUUCUAUGGAAGUGAUCUGAGAGCUGCGAGAUCUGUGGACUCAAACGAACCUCCAAGAGGUGAAUUAGUUGGUUUUUUUUUUCUGUGUAUUAGCCGGCAAGGCCUUUUGUUAAGAAAUAAGAUGAUGAAAAUGUGGCAGUGGAUUUUAAGCCUGGUGAAUACAUAAGAAAAAUGUUAUUCAGUUAGUGACACAGGCAGCUUGCCAGUUGGAGGAAAACAUCCGAGUACUCCCAAAAGAAGAGUAUCAGAUCAUUGUAUUGUUAAACUUUUAUUGCAUGUCUACACACACUAGAACAUUUGCUUAAACAAGAGUACGACAUAGACACUAAAACAUGCAAUAUCAACUUGUAGGAACCUUCAUUUGUAAGCUUGGAAAAUAGCUUACAAAGGUUGUAGCACAGCCUUGACCAGAGGUGGGCUUUGAUUAAAAAUUUUGACUAAACUCAAAUCCGUUAUGACAAAACCCUCUGUUAUAACAUUGUAAUUCUUGUCUGCAGGGGUGUGGCACUUUACGUGUAUAAAAACGAUCAUUGUCAAUGUCAAGAACAGUGGUACGCAAUAAUUAGUUGCGUGUUUGCAGUGACACUUUUGCAUAAUAAUUGUUUUUCUAGCUCGUCCUAGUGCAUUAGUUUGGUCAGAACUAAGACGCCAAAGGGAACUGCACGAAGAAAAGCUUAAGAAAAGAAAACAAAGGUUCUUAGAGAAGCGAAAGAAGGCUGGCUUGGAUGAUGUGUCAGAAGGUGGCACCUACUCAGUUCGAAGCGGCAGGAGUGGGGAUAUAGAUGAAGGGUUUGGAGUGAGUAUGAUGAGUGCUGAUAUCACUACAGCCACAUGGGGAGGUUCCACCCAACCUAGCAGUACACAGAAUGACUCUGCAGUGUCAGCUGAUGACUCUGAUGAUGAAAAUCAGGGAGGAGAGGUACGGUCUCAUAAGAACAUGAAUGUAAUGACAUAUAUUCACGUCAGACGAGCAAAUUUCUAUACCAAGCCUCGCUUUGAAAUAUUAAAGUUGCGAAGUUUUGCAUAAAUGAAUUCUAACGGCAGAAUACCCUCUCACAAAGAGUUCAAAGACGGAGAAUUUUGAUCACAAUCGAGGCUCAGUUGGUGGAAUUUAUAAGUCUGAUGUAAACUUGCGUAAGGGUCAUUGCAAAAGAACAGUGAAUCGUAACAUUCUUUUUUUUUUUUACUGCAAGGUAUAUUGCUGCCAUCCUUCCUCAAAAGGCAGUUUGUAGAGCUUACAAUAAAAAAGAACUUUCGUUAACAAACAACAAAAUAACAAAUACUGCUUUAAGUAAGAAUGAAAGUGGGAUUUUGUCCGCAGACUGGAAGUAGAGUUGUAGUAGAAUUACACCCAUGUAUCUGUGUGAAAACCUCUUUUCACAAUGAUUGCUUAUUGCAGAAACUGCAAACAACGACUGAUUUUUUGGGGAUGAACUCAUUCAGAUUCUAAAGUGAAUGGAGGGAAGAAUGGUGUGCAAUCAUCCAAUUCACAGAGUUUUAAACAGGCCAUCUUCUUGCGUGAAUUUGAUUGCCCGUGUGAAAAUAUAAUGUUCAGUUCUUUUAGUCAGCUUUUUUGGUUAAUUGCCUCUGCGAGUGAUAGGCUCAGGGUUGAAGUACGUUUCAAGGUUUUCUUUGAGACAGGUUGUGAUCCACUGCUUUGUAGUGCAUCAACAGAAGUCAUAGCUAUAUUACUUCCUGUUUCCUUUUACUGCAGAUUGCAGUUGAAGUAGAAGAUGAUUUUCCUGAAGGAAUUGUACAAGCAGAAGAAGAAGAGGAAGAGCAGCUAGAAGCAGGAGUGGCUUUCUCUGGCGGUGCUGAGGCUGUGUUCCGGAGCAGGGAACGAGUGCCUCGCAUGUCUGCUUUCAGAGGCAGUGUAGACAGUACCUCCCAAACAAACAGAAGCAAAAAGAGGAAGCUUGAUGGUACAAUCUUAUCAGGUCAGUGUCACAAUUGGUUGGUGGUCUUGAACAGUUCCUUGCGGUCAUGUAUUUUUUAACAAACAUUUCCUAAGUGCUUUUGUUGUAACUCUUGAGCUGUCAUUCUGUGCCCUUAAAAAUUGCUUUUUAUUGACUUGAUCAAACCAGCUCGGAGUGAGUUUUGAAAUCUGUACCAUAAUUGCUUAGCUAUAAAAACCCAACACCCUUUUUGUCAGUAGUUUGAAAUAAUAACCCAAGCAGAUGUGUGAUUUUGGUUCCCAAAGUGCUCUAAAAAAUCUAACAUUUUGUUCCCCCUUAUACGAGAGGAACAUGUACGAAAGUACAAGUACAUGUAGACAGUUAUCUUUUUAUUUUUUAAACACAGCGCAUAAUAAUGGCAGUCCCUUUUCUAAUGUAUUUUUGGCUUCAGAUUCAUACAAGACCUGUUGCACCCUCGUAAAUUUGAAUUGUCAUUUGUUGGGUUGCGUUUUCUGUGAACUUUUCCUUGUUUGUCUCACACAGGCGGAGCCCGUAAAAGAGACCGAGAAAGAGGCCUAACAUUUGAAGAUUGGCCCAGAACUUUCUACUUCGACAGGAAUUCCAGAGGAAGGAUAAGGCAAGAGGUAUAGUCAAGGUUUUAUCAGUACGAACGUUCAACUGCGUUUUCAGACAGUGGAACUCUAAAUCUGUUUGUAAGGUGUUUAGUUUAAAUAGAUAAAUAGUGUUCUGUGCCCAAUUCACACCAGCUAAACAAUUUUGUUUAAUUAAACCAGGUUAUAUAAAAUGAAAAGCAGACAGGUUGAAGCACAGGUUUUUACACAGGAUUCAAAUGAAAUUCAACAUCCUUCACAUGCUUUGUAAUUAGCUGUAAAUUUGCAAUAAACUAAAGUCAGUAAGCCGCUUUUAUAAGGAAAACAAUUUUAAACCGUGUUAAACUAAACAGCUUUUAAACAUGUUAUAGCUUUGGUGUGAAUGGGGCUCCAGUGGGGGCUGUGAGCUGCUUUGAUGCUGUUGACAACAAACAAUGUUUAGAUGUGAGAGUUGGCCAAGUGUAAACACCCUAGAACUUAGCUUUUUUAUACACCUGACCGUUUAAACUCUGCUCUAAUAACCUAUCCGUUUAGUUUAUUGACUUUAACGUAAGGCCAAAGGUAGUAUUUCUUAUCAUGAUAUUCUAUGGAAAUGGCUGUUUUCUAAAGAAUGCUUAUUGGGUGAAGGGAUUUGCAGACCAUAAGCUAUGUUUGUCAUAUAGACUAAUGUACUAUCCUCGUUCCUGGAUGGCGAAGUUUGACACCAACUACCGUUCAUAAGCAGCCCCACCCCACGCCACUCAUCAUCCCCCGCCCUCCGCGGUCAAAGGCCUCUCCAUUGGUCUCUCUUGCUACCUAUAAACAAAAGAAUACAUCCGUUUAUUAACCCUGCUAAAAUCCCUUACGAAGAUGUAUAAAACAGCAGUUUACGGUAUGUUGAGGGGUUUUCUGUCUAACUGAAGAGCUGUUUUUUGUUUCAAGAAUUUUACUCCUGCUGAACAACUCAUCAAAGAUCGUGAACAGGAACAGUUUAACAUGGAGCGUCAGGUUUGGGAGCAGCAUUGUGAACGUCUCCACCAGGAAGUAGCCAACCUUACCACCCUGUGUAAUGGCCUUCUUAGAGACCAACAGAUGCUGGUGUCAACCGUGAUUAGUCGAAAUGUCACAAGCGGUCCGUCUCCGAGCUCGACUGGUUUCCAGAACAUUUCCAGCUCGGGGAGUGGUCUCGGUAAGCUUUUUCUUACAGUAGUCAUUAUAGAGCGUUUUCACAUGACGUCAUGGUACCAUACUGACCAUGUUGGUGUUCCAAACCUAUCCUGUGGGAAUUGAACUCGUCUGUUUUUUGUUGCAAUGAAUUAUCUUAGAUGCUGGCCACAUGAGUAAAAACGCUCUGUAUUCAGCCUUAAAUCGAAAUUUACUUAAAGCAAAGGUCAUCACGCUGGAAAAAGGGAUAACCAUCUUUUCAUUUGGUGACUAUUGUUUCGAAAAGUGCACAGUUAAAGUCAGUAGCACUCCUAUAUAUGUGUGUGUAAAGGUAAAGAAAAGCUACUUAAUAGAGGCCAUUUUGUUACACAAACUCUGAUUUAUUUAUUUGGUGUUCUGGUUGAUUUUUCAGUACUCUAGCCCGCCUCAGGCUUGGUUUUCAAUUGAAUUUAACUCAUUUAAUUUUGAAAAUGUCUUUUGGCCGAAAUGUUUAUCCUUUCAGUGAAGUUUGGUCUUUAAAGUUUCUUAGCUUUUAAAGCUGCUGUGUGUUGUAUCUUGUGCCCACUCUCAUGAAAUGUUCUUUUCAGGAGCCGUUUUAAUUCAUCUGUGCGAGUUUCUUUUUUUGUUUGCAUUCACAUUACAGGCAGUAACCCAUUUGAGCAGUAUCAGCAAAGGCAGCAAGAGGCGUAUCAAGGGCUCCAAAGCUUCUUUGAACAACAGCGCUACAUGCAACAGCAGCACCAUAUACUUCAAAGCCUCAAUCAGUGUUACUCCCAACUUCAGCAACAGCAUCAAGACAUGGCAGUUCUUCAACAGCAAUUCCAGCAACUCUUUUCAUACAACCCCUCUUCGGCUCUCAGUGAAAACUACCCC